UGAUGUCACCUUAAAGGUCUGGAGAGAUUCCAGAUUCAGUCUUAGAGACUACGGCUAUCGAGUGAAAGCAUUCAGUUUCUGUUCCACAAUUUUUGCGACAUUUUUGUGGCAUUUUUCCUGAUAGUCAUGGCUCAACCCGACGUAUGGAACAAUUUAUUACAACAGUGCAAAGGAGGGAACGGCUAUGCAGAACUUGAUCCACCAAAGAGCCGCAGAGGACCAUCUUGCUACAGCAGUCAGUCCAAAAUCAUGGACAUUGAGAGAGCUAAAUUGGCUGCACUCUAUCAAAGUGCAGAGAGGCUGCAUGCUGCUAACAAAUCCAGAUCCAACGCUGUUCUGGAGAGAUUGGGAUUGUCCGCCAAGCAUGACAGCAAAUCCCUUUUAGAAGUGAACAACAAGGGUUGGACACCCAGGACCACUCCUUCUCCAACUCUUAGUUCUUCUACUACUUCUCCUCGUCUUUCACCACCGCUUCUGCCUACUUCUUCUCCUACUCCUCUUUCUCCUCCUCCUUUUCCUCAUUUUUCUCCUAUUCCUCUUUCUCCUACUCCUCGUCUUACUCCUACUCCUACUCCUCUUCCUCCACUUAGAGCAGUAGCAACCAGUAGACCGUCUCGCAUCCCAGCGCUUGUGAGACGUCCUCCUGCAGCAGCAGCACCUGUUAAAGCAGGUUCGCUGUUAUUUUUGAGGUUUGAUGACAUUCUGUGUGGGAACUGUGGGAUGACUCCGGCACCUCCAUCAACACCUGCCCCGCCCAGAAGAGGAGGACCUCGCCAUAGGACCUUGGCAGUGAAAGCCAAUGUUCUGGCUCCUCUAUCAACACCUGUGCCGCACAGCAGAGGAGGACCUAGCCAUAGGACCUUGGUGGUGACGACCAAGGUUCCGGCUUCUCCACUAAAACCUGCCCCGCCAAGCAGAGGAGGACCUAGCCAUGGGACCUCGCCAGUGACAACCGAGGUUCCGGCUUCUCCAUCAAAAGCUGCCCCGUCAAGCAGAAGAGGAACUAGCCAUAGGACCUCGGGGGUGAAAACCAAGGAUCCGGCUCCUUCACAAAAACCUGCCCCGCCCAGAAGAACAGGACCUCGCCAGUGGACAAUCCUGCGCCCUCCAAUGGCUGUUGAGGUUGAAAAGGACCUGAGGCCAUUGCCCCAACCUAAUGAGCGCCUGUCCCUCUGCUUGGAUGAGCUGGACUCAGAUGACUGGCUGAAGAAAGUGGAUGCAUUGGAAACUGUUCGCGCUCUAGCACAGCACCAUUCAGAACUACUGAUGACCAAACUUCCUGAAGUCUGCGAUGCCGUCACAAAAGAGCUAAAGAACCUGCGCAGUGCUGUGGCGAGUGGUGCAAUGGACGCCAUAAGAGAGCUCCACCUUCGCAUGGGGAACGCCAUGGACCCUAUGUUAGACACGAUAGGCAAGGCCCUGCUGCUGAGGUUUACUACGACGACCAGCGCCUUCUUUAACAAGAAGGCUAACCUCGCCUUGGACGCGCUGGUGGAGGAGGGCUGCAGCCCUGAUAGAAUACUGAAUGCUCUACUCAUUGGGCUGAUCCACCGUAAUGCUACAGUGAGAGGCAGCGCAGCACAGCACCUUCACCGUCUGAUGGACAUCGUUGGAGAGGAUGAGAUCUUGAUAGAAAAGGAUACCUUCGCAAAGCAAUUCCUUGGUGCUAUCGCUAAGAUGGCAUUGGAUGCUGCCUCAGAUGUCAGACACCAUGGACGGAAGAUGCUCCAAGGACUCGCCAACAAGCCGGAGUUCUUGGAAAUAGUGGAAGAGGUCCUCGACAACAAAGACAGGAUUCCCUUGCAGAAGGUCUUGGCAAAAUUGAGCAAAAGAACAAAAUGAAGAGCUGGUAUGGUGGUGCAGAGGUGAACUCUGUCACCUCACAGGAAGAAGGUAUCAGUGAGAACCUGGGGCCUGUUUCACAAAACCAAGAUAACUGAUUAAGCCGAGGUUUUCCAGUUA